GAGGCGUGCCAGCUCAAAGUGUGUGGCUGCAGACCCUGGGCUCCGGGAGCGCGGGGGCUGAAGCCGUGGGCGGUUGAGGGCACGUUCGGGUGACAUAGGUCCCGCUGAACAAAGGGACCUCCAGCCAGAGACCGGAGCCCUGCCCCAUUCGUUUUGCCAUCCCCUCGGACUUGCAGCCUCACCUUGGGCCACUUCCAGCCAUGAAGCUCCUGUUGCUGACUCUGGCCGUUCUGCUGCUCUUGUCCCAGCUCACGCCAGGCGGCACCCAAAAAUGCUGGAAUCUUCAUGGCAGAUGCCGCCAGAAAUGCUCCAAGAGGGAAAGGGCCUACGUUUACUGUACCAAUAAUAAACUGUGCUGUGUGAAGCCCAAGUUCCAGCCAAGAGAAAAGCUAUGGCCAUUUUAAGUUCUUUGAAGCCUCAAGCCAUGAAAACGCAGAUGGAGCUGCCCUGAGUCUGACCGCAGUGGAUUCCUAAAUUCUGUCAAUAAACACGUGUGGCUGAUCUCUG